GUGCGUCCUGCUUUGGCUGUUUGGAUUACAUGCGCUCAUGUUUGGCUGGGAAAGAGGCAAGAUUUGGGAUUUGCAUGUUUUAUUUCGGAAUUCUGGACAGUUUUGAUAGUACAAAAAUCGUUAGCAUCAUUUAUAGGAUUAUUUUGCACGCUGAAACAUGCAAAUCUAUUCAUGUUAGUCCUCAUUGCGCUGCAGCAGUUGUUUAUUAUUUCCCCCUUUCGCGUUGGUCAGAUAAGGUUAAUCCGAAGGCUAGAUAGUGUUUUAUUAUGUGCUUCUCGGUGUUUCUCCUGUCCAUAGUCCACUGGAGGUGUUAGUGGCUCAUUGUUUUGUCUCACGCCGGAUGGAAGCGGUCUGUCCCCGGGUACUGCUUCUCCUCUGCCCGCCUGAUCGUGCCCCUUCCUCGGAUAGUAAUCAUGUCGGUGUCCGGGAUGAAGAAGCAGUUCCACAAAGCAAGCCAGAUGCUGAAUGAGCGGUUGUUGGGAGCUGAAGGAACCAAGCUGGACCAAGACUUCCUGCAAAUGAAAAGGAAUGUUGCGGUUAUACAUCACAUGCUUCAUGAGUUGUUGUCAAAAACGACAGACUUCCUCCAGCCAAACCCAGCACACAGAGCCAAACUGAGUGUCCUGAAGACCAUGUCCAGGUUUCGGGGACAGGGGACUUCAGAGGGGUCGUACCCGCAGGCAGAGGGCAUGCUGGGAGAUUCUAUGGUGCGCUACGGCCAUGAGCUAGGACCGAGCUCAGAAUUUGGUGGAGCUCUGACGGGUGUGGGUGAAGCUUUACAGCAGAUUGGAAAAGCCAAAGAGGAUCUAGACACAAACGUCAAAUGUACCUUUAUAGACCCACUGCAGCAUCUCCACAACACAGAGAUUAAAGGGAUCAAGUACCAGUUGAAGAAGGUGAGUGGUCGGCGGUUGGACUUUGACUAUAGGAAGAGGAGGAGGGGGAAGAGCUCCUCUGAGAAACUGCAGACGGCAUGGGACAAGUUUCAGUCGUCCAAAGAACUCGCUGAGAGGAGCAUGUUCCUGUUGCUCCAAAACGAUGUGGAUCACUUGAAUAAUCUGUCGGCUCUGGUCACGUCUCUGUUGGACUUUCAUAGAAACUCACAGCACAUUCUUCAGGGCCUACAGGCAAACCUCCAGUCCAGACUAACUGCAGCGAGUAACCAAACAGAAAGGAGGUACCGACACCGAAAGUCCAGAAGCCGCUCAGAGAACAGUUUUAGGUUUUACCAGCAGCCCUCAAUCACCUCUGCUACAUCCUCAGAUCAGGUGAUUGAGAUCCCGUCCAGACCUGGCAGUCCCAUCACAUGUUAUGCUGACAGUGUUGCACCUCUGGAUCAGCCCUGUUGCAGAGCACUGUAUUCAUUUAAAUCUGAACGAGGCGAAGAGCUCAACUUUGACCCCGGUGACAUCAUUAUCCUCACGAAUCGCAUCGACGAAAACUGGUUUGAGGGAUCCAUUGGGACCCAGUCUGGACUGUUUCCUGCCAACUACGUGGACGUCCUGGUGCCACUUCCCUCACAGUAAAGUGACCAAACACAAAAACAUUAGCCAUGAGUUUGUAGACACUGGAUAUGCAAAGAUUUAGCUUCUCAUUUGCACUUUUUAAUUGCCUGGGAACCAGAAUACACACUUAUAAUACUUUACAAAGAUGUGAGUCUGGUCACCGAUGAAUCUCUCAGUUUAGAUGGUCUCGAUUGACAGUUGGAUUAGCCAAUCAGAGCUAAUGCAUGGUUAGUCUGUAUCAAAACAAAUGUAUGUGAAUUUAAAAAGAAAAAAAAUAUGAGAGACUGAAGAACGUUACGGAUUUCUUUAGAAUUUAUGAGUGAAUCACUCACGUUAAUCUGAGGUGAGAGAAAUGUGAUUUUAUUCAAAAUAAUGGGUGACCAAUGAGCUCCUUUGUUUCAUGUGUCACUGAAAAAAAACAUGAACCUGAUUGUACGACUGUGGGGAGAGGUGACCAGACUGAUAUUCCUCUGUAUAAAUAAUACAGAGAUAUCAUUCUGGACUUGCCAGGCAAACUUUUGAACACACAUUAAUCUACAGUGAAAGGGGAGAGUUUGAGCCAUAGUUUAAGUAACUUUAGAGCACUUUAGUUGCUGGAAAGUCAUAUGGACAAAUCAGGAGUGUGUAAAUAUAUGUUUUUGGGAGGCGGUUUUCAUGCAAAGCACACAUACAACAAAGCAAACGUAUUAUUAGCUGAAAAAACAACAGUGAAUGGUAUUUUAAGCACAGUGGAAAAGGGUUACUUACUGUUUUAUGAAGUUAAGUGCCACAAGAUGAUCCAAGUGUAAAAGCGAUGAAAUGUAAUCUAUAGGUCUAGCUGGAGUUUGUAAAAACAAACCUACAAGAAUGUGAUUUAAAGUAGGGAUGGUCUUUUGGAUUUUUUUGAGCUGUAACCGAUAUCUGAUAUUUGUCUUGCUGACACAUGGGCACACAAAGACUUAAAAAUAUCGGUGCCAAAUAUUGGCAAAAUUUUCAAUAUCACACUUUUGCUGAUAACCAGUGUACCAUCCCUAAUUUUAAGGAGUUUGCUUUAUCCUUAUAACUGUUGUUGAUUGGCGAUUACAAUGGUGCUGUAAUUUUAGUAAUACAUUUGAUUGAUAAAAGAUGCUGUACUACACUGUACAUUAUCAUUUGACUCUAAAAAUAGUAUUGAAGUGCUUACAACCAAAAGGAUCUAAAAAGUGUUGCUAUAUUCUACAGUCCAACCAGAAUUUAUAUUAUGUAUUUUUUGGUUAGCUUGACACAAUACUAACCACUACUACCAAUACUAAAACAAGUACUAAAACAAAUAUGGAAACUGAAAGUAAAAUUACAGAAAUGAGACAACACCAUAGCACAACGUUGAGAUUAACUGUAAAGGUGAGAUUCACAUAAUUAUAAUAAUAUAGUCAUUCAUGAUACUGGUAUAGCGGAGAUAUGGCAAAUAGUUAAGAAGGGACUUUUCUUAGUUUAAUAUGUUGCUCUGCACAAAUGAAAUCAAUGAUGUCAUUAAGUGUUUCAGAUAGUGCUUGUAGAUGGGGCUCAUUUCUACUAUAGAUAUAAAACUAAGUCUAGAUGCACAGCUGUAUUGAAAAAGAGCUUGUUCCUAGAGUAUUGUAGGCACAUAAGCUUUGAGAGACUCAGGUUAGAUAGAACUGUUAAUAUCAUGAUUGUAUUCUGCCUCUGAGCUGCAUGAAAUUACACAAAUGUGAAGUUGCUUUUAAAACAUUGUAAAUCUGUAACAUACAAACUAAAAUAAUGCUGUGGUCUCCAAACUUUCCUGGGAAUGUAUAGCUGCUGAAUCUGGAGUAGCAUUGAAACAAAUUGAGAAUAAAAUGUGUAACUAAGAGGACCAAACCAGGUCUGCAUCAUGACUAAACCAGGAUUAAACCAGGUCCAAACCAGCACUGUUAGGCAUUCCACAGUUUGGGAAUCACAGUGUUAUUGUGAAUGGAACAUCAAUGUACCUCUGAAUGUGUCCCUUUAAAUAACUAUGAACCAAGGCCUUGUUUUUUAUUUGGCUACAUUUUUACACAAGUCAAUGUGAAUGAAUGUUUUCCAUUUUAUACUUUAUAUUACACACUUUCAUUUCUGCGUUCACUGGACCUAAAGUGCACUAGGAAGUCUUAUCUUACUGUCAGUUGUGUUUAAGUCUUUAUAAUUCCAACUGAUUUUCCCUCAAAUGCCUCACUAGAAUGACCCCCAAUUGAAAUUGAAAUGUUUUUGUGAAGCUGAGACACUGUAGUUUUAGAAUCUGCUGUCUGAUUCAUUCUCAUUGUAAGUGGUAAUAAACUAUGCACAAAGGAACAUCUGAUUUCAGUUAACUUUCUUGGGGGUAAAUAAGGAGGAGUAAAGCUGCUGUUUGGAGAUGACAGUUGAGUUGACAGACAAAAUUGAACUUCUGUUGAGACUUUACAAUUCCCAUUAAAAAUUUUAAGCUAAAAACUACAUUUCUGAACUUGUUAUGUAAAAAAAUGUCUAGGCAGAGUGCAUUUGAAAAUUAUAUUAAGAAUGUAACAAAUUAAGUAUUUUGUGUAUUUUGUUAACACACUAAUAUUCCAAAAUGAUUGAUUUGUCUAUCCAGCGUUGCAUAGCGUGGUUAUUGACAAUUUAAAAAAAAAACGCUGUAACCCAUGAAGACAAUUUGAGACUUAUAGUUCAAUGAUGUUUUACAAUACUAUGGAAGGAGCUUGUUACCUCAAACAGAUGACAAUAUUAAAUACACUGAACUUUUAGAGGUUCAUUUUUCAUUUUUAGUGGUGGUUCAUGGUUGGUGAUAUCUAGGGUUGAGUAAUGGGAGCAACAUCUGUUCCUCAGCUGGGAGUUUUAUUUUUCUAAACUACAGAAAACAC